CAAAUUCCUCAGUGACCCACAUUGUUUUUCUACUCCGAGAAACAGAGUUCCUUGCUUCUUUUUUAAUUUUUUAAUUUUUUAGAGUUUCGUGCCGAAUAUUGUGUGUGUGUGAGGGAGUGAGCAGUGCCGUUGGUUUGUUGGGGUCCUGUUUUGUUGCCCUCGGAGAAACACCCAUCGCGGCAUUUUCUGCACACAGGAUGCCAAUUUCUUCACAACAGUUUUCACUUGUUGAAUGCAGCUCACCUUCUUCUCGUAGAUUAGGUUUCUGAGAAGUGUUUCUCGGUGUUGUAACGAAGCGUUGAGGUGUCUGUGUGAUCUUACCUCCGGACUCCCGCGCUAUCUGGCAACUUGGCUCCCAUGAUCGCUUCUCAUGACUUCGGUGUUUUAGAAAGAUUUUGGUUUAAUUGUUGUUUUCCUGUGAGGGGAUUCACAGGACUUCUCUGUUCGUGAUUUCCCAUUCUGGAUUUUCGCUAGCUGGGCUCGGUAGUAAUCCGGGGUUUUGUAAUUAGCGUUGAGUUCGAAUUUCAGGAAUCGAGCAACAUCGUUGUGCAUUCUUAGCUGGUUCCUCUGACGCGCAUUUUUUUUCCAGUUCGUCGCAUCUGAUUGAGCUGUACACGGGCUACGAAAUAGGCACUAUGUCCACGAAGCUCCAUUGUUCUCUCAUUCGGUGUCGAUCGCAAGUAGGUCUCUGCUAGGUCAGAAUCACGACCCUGUCAACGCUAAUCUCCCCGUUCUCCUGUCCUCACAUUACCCCACGCCAUUGUUGUACCAUUUCCCUACCUAUCGUUCCUGAAAUCUAAAAGCUGGACGGAACUUACUAUCUAAUACAUAUACUCGAAUUCUGCUCACCCCGUGAAACGUAAUUAGCAUUGGAAAAAGCACAAUGGCGGUAAAUCCAGACACAAUACAACAGAAUUUGGAAACGUGAUUCCUUCACCUUGCAAAUUUUAAAGUAUCAAAUUAACUGGAUAUCCAGUCAAUCAACGACGUGGGAGUGAAUCCAAGUACUGGACUAAAUGUGAGGUGACGUCUCAGAAGAGAAGAAUUCAGCGUUAUCUGGAUAAUGUGCUGUGCAAACUCAUUUCAAAACAAAAUCUUCGAUGUUCUCUUCUCUGUGAUUGACAAUGUUGAUCCACUUCUGGAAAGAUCUCUGCUGGGGAUGUUGAGAUUUGAACGGAUGUUUCGUGCGGUUCCGGUGAAGCCAUUGCGAUUUGCUGCUAGAGCGUCACGCAAUACCCAGGUGGAGUAUAUUCGCGGUGAGCAAUAUCCAAGGCCAUGUGGUCGCCACACACCCCGUGGAUGGAAUUUGGAUUUUAGCUCUUGGAUGGGACGCAUCCACGGCCUUGCGUCGCUGGCCCUCUCCUUUUUGCCAGCUUGGGGUUGCUUUGCUUGCACCUUCCAUCGUUAAGUCUUUUCUCAGUCCAUCUAU